AUGUCGUUAAUCGUGCCGGAGAAGUUUCAACAUAUUCAUCGUGUUAUGAACACGAAUAUUGACGGUAACCGAAAAGGUGUUGGACGUCGUUAUGCUUUUCUUGUUUGCCGUAAAGCCGAUGUUGAUAUUCACAGACGCGCUGGUGAACUUUCUGAAGAAGAAAUGGAAAAGCUUAACACUGUUAUGCUUAAUCCACAGCAAUACAAAAUUCCUGCGUGGUUUUUGAACCGUCAAAAGGAUAUUCGUGAUGGGAAGAAUUCUCAGCUCUUGUCGACCAACUUGGAGAGUAAAUACCGAGAGGAUUUUGAGCGCAUGAAGAAAAUUCGUCUUCAUCGUGGUCUUCGUCAUUAUUGGGGUCUUCGUGUACGUGGACAACAUACAAAGACUACUGGUCGUAAAGGACGCACUGUUGGAGUAUCGAAAAAGAAAGGAGGUUAA